UUUACUAACCAAAUAUAAUAGUAGUACAAAUAUUACUUUAAUAUAAUAAAUCAUUUGCAUAAUCGUACCUUUAGUUAUAGAAAUCUAAAUAAAAAUAAAGAAUUAAACCUCAAAUAAAACUAAUAUUUAUGUGCCUCGGCACGUAUCUUCAAAGUAGUUUAUAUAUUAAAAGUGUCUAUUUAACGGUAAUUCUUGGUUUAACGAUGUUGUUUUGUUUCCUCCGUUAACUUUAACAGAAUAUUCUCAAUUAAUUUAUAUUAACCAAUUAUGCUAAAAAUUAGGAGAAGAGAAUAAAACAAAUUGUUAGGGAGACCUAACAAAUUGUAAGCUUGAUAGCGAUAAUGAAACUAAUUCUCCUAUUGUGAUUCCAUUCGUACCCUUUAUACCCCAUUCCAACGUUGAGAUCAGAUAUUAAAAAGACAUCCAAAGAAUAUUUCCGUCCUCCUUUUCUCCGACGAAAUCCUACUCACUAUUCUCGCCAAGCUUCCCCAAUCCAUGGAACCGGUAGCCAUGGCUGUUUAUAGUAGUGGAGCAGUUGAAGAACAAGAACACAAACCCUAUGAACAACAUACCCACAAAUUCACAAUCUCUUUUCAAUUUUACAUAAGAAGAAGAAAUCUAGCUUACCUCCUAAACAUCCUCAAACCCUAACCCUAAUUCUAUUUCAGCCAUGACCUCACCUAAUUCGAAUGUGAAUUCUUCUUCCGCGGCAAACACCCACCGCGACAAGAGCUCCAAGCAGCCGUGGCGGCCGACCUUUGCCACGAGCAGUUGUUCCGCUGAGGAUAAAACGAUUCUCGGGAAGCUUAGCUUGUGCCAAACUUCGAGAUCGACUGAACUUUCGUCGAAGAAUAUUGGUCCGAUUCCGUCGUUUCGGAGAAUUUUGUUCUCGGAUUUGAGUCGAUCUUCGUCGACGCGUAUUAACGAAGACUUGGCGCUUAAUUUUGGGGUUGAGUUAUACGAUUUUUAAUUGAGUGAGUUGCGAGGUAUAACUCAGAACUUCUCGAGUAAUUAUUUGUUGGGAGAAGGUGGGUUUGGGACUGUGCAUAAGGGUUAUGUGGAUGAGAAUCUGAGGCAGGGUUUGAAGCCUCAACCGGUGGCUGUUAAGCUUCUCGACAUUGAAGGUCUUCAAGGUCACCGGGAAUGGCUUAUGCUCAAGCUUUCCAAGCCCAUUUGCUUCCUCCCGAGGUUAUUGAUAGAGGGCUUCAAGAACUAGCCAACGGUUGCCCAAAUCUUCGCAAAGUGGCAUUGGUUGGUGCUACUGAACUGGGUCUGUUAAGUUUAGCCGAAGAAUGCUUGACUUUGCAAGAUUUAGAAUUGCACAAGUGCAACAACAAUGUCUUGCGUGGUAUAACAGCAUGUGAGAAUUUGCAGGUACUGAAGUUGGUAAGCAAUGUGAAAGAGUUUUAUAGCUCAACGGUCUCUGUUUGUUGGUCUAUUAUACAAAUUAGAAUAAAGAUUAACAAGAGCAUAAAUACUUAUUAUGUAUAGUACAGUGAAUUAAUUGAGUAUUUUUUUUUAUUAUUAUUAUUUCACAAUUUUAUUGUUAAGUCUAUAGAAAAUUAAAAAAUCCUUCAAUAAUGAAUUUUUUUAAUUUUUUUUCCUUUUCAUUUAAUAAUUCUUCUCUUUUAAUUAUCAAAAUUAUAUGUUUCUUUUUAAUUUUAAAAAUUUCUUACAUUGUUUUCUUUAAUUUAAUAAACCUUAAGCAUUAUUUUUUCUAAUAUAUAUCAACAAUAUUAAAAUUUAAUUUUAUGAAUUUAUUAUUAUUGCUUUUAAAUAUUUUAUUAACAUUUUGAGUUUAAUUUUUAUUUCUCAAAACUUUAUACAAUAUAUAUUUUUUUAUUUUUUUUAAUAUAUUACAUAAUUAUACAUU